UGAAACUGAAAUAAAAAUUAAUAAAAGAUAAUAAAAACUAAUUCAAAAUAUUAACAAAUAACAGUAUCUCUACAAUUCAGUUAAAUCUUUCACAUUCCUCAGAGCUUUAGAACAGGUGAUGGAAAAGACCUUAUGUACAGUAAAUAUACCAGAUAACUUGAGACACGUUGCCUAUCAUCACUGUAUGUUUGUCUGUUUGUCUUACUGCUGACAGACACAAAUGGCUUCUGUAUAGCAAUGACUUGCCCAAACCUAUUAUGAGAACCUCUAGGGACCUCAGAAGUGGCUUAUUUAUUGAAUCCAAGCUUGGUGUGGCCACAGACAAACUCAAAUAGAUGUCCUGACAGCCACUGCGUGACUCUGCUUGCAAGGCAGAUGCAUUAAUAUUCCUCAGGCACACACUGCUCUGUCCCUGCUGUACAGAUGCACGCUAUCCUAACCCUAAUUCAAAAAGAGACGGGGUGUGGAGGUAAGAGUCACGUCCAACUGGAUUGGUCUGAGUCCCACAAGGUCACAGGGCUGGUAUUCAGCAAAGCAGGCAUAUAAAUUUAGCUUCAUGAAAAGCCAUGGAUUAUGUCUUGGGACUCUCAGAUUUCGUCUUCAGAGGAGUGGUUGUGAUGACCACCCCUCAGGUGUUAAGAGGUGGGAGAUAUUUCUAUCAGACUGCACUCACGCACACCAUCCUUCUCUGUUGCUUCUCCUCUCUGGAGACCCUCCUACUGCACUGCAUUCAGCGGAGAGCUGGAUUUUGGAUUUAUUAUUAAGAACUGAGGCUUGAGGACUUAGGAGUGAUGUGUGGGGUGUGAGAGAGACCUUUGAACUACGGACUAAACGCAGGAUUCAGUGUGCAAUAAGUUGGAAAAAGUGUCAUGGAUGCAUUAGCUUUAGAGGCAAAAGGGGCUAAGAGUGAAAGCGCAGCACCUGCACCCCCUAAACCCAGACCAAAACCCCCGAAAAAAACUAAACGGAUUGUUUACUUUGAGGUGGAGAUACUAGACAUCAAAACCCGGGAAAAACUAUUGCUUCUGGAUAAGGUAGAGCCAACAGCCACUAUUUUGGACAUUAAGUCUAUGUUCCACAAAUCAAAUCCACACUGGUAUCCAGCCAGACAGUCUUUACGCCUGGACCCAAAAGGAAAACCCUUAAGGGAUGAGGAAAUCCUUCAAGAGCUCCCCGUGGGAACCACCGCAACCUUCUACUUCAGAGACCUGGGAGCCCAGAUUUCCUGGGGAACUGUGUUCCUAAUCGAGUGCAUUGGACCACUUGUCAUAUAUCUGCUGUUUUAUUUUCGACUGCCUUUAAUCUACGCUCCCAAGUACGAGUUCACCGCCAGUAAGCAUUUGGUUGUGCAUAUUGCCUGUGUGUGUCAUUCCUUCCACUACAUGAAGCGAAUCUUGGAGACGUUGUUCGUCCAUCGCUUCUCCCACGGCACCAUGCCACUGCGAAACAUUUUUAAAAACUGUUCCUAUCACUGGUGCUUUGCUGCAUGGAUGGCUUAUUACAUCAAUCACCCUCUUUACACACCGCCAUAUUAUGGGGAGAAGCAGGUGAAGGCAGCACUGGCAGUCUUUCUAUUCUGUCAACUUGGCAGCUUCUCGAUUCACAUGGCUCUGCGUAAUCUCAAACUACCUGGUUGUAAGAUUAAGAAGAUUCCUUAUCCAACCAAGAAUCCUUUUACAUGGAUAUUUGCACUUGUUUCAUGCCCAAAUUACACAUAUGAGCUGGGAUCUUGGCUCGGAUUCACACUCAUGACCCAGUGUCUCCCCGUGUUGUUCUUCACUGUGGUGGGAUUCAUACAGAUGACCGUUUGGGCCAAAGGAAAGCAUCGCAGCUACCUGAAGGAGUUCAAAGAGUAUCCCACACUGCGCUCCCCCAUCCUACCAUUCAUCCUGUAGCAGGAAAAUACAACACUACAAAUAAGAUCAACAGAACAAAUAUAAGUCAGGGUUUUACUAGUUUGUUUAUAUAUAUAUAUAUAAGCAAGUCUUAAUGAAUAUUAAUGUAUGAAAUAACCUUAGUAAAUUAAAUACUGUAAUGCAUUAAAAGCCAUUCUAUUUUAAUAAUGAUAAUACAUUAAAAAAAAAAUUAGUUUUAUUGUUCAUUUACAUGAAUACAGAAAAUUGUUCAAAUUUAUGGAAAUAAAAAGAUAUACAAUUAGCAGAAAAAGUACCACAGCCUAGAAAUAAAAAGUGACUCUUUUUGUCUGAGAGCUUCAGUCUUGGUGAGAUGUGAAUUAAAGGGCAAUUCUGUUCCUUUGAGGUAUAUACAACACACUCUAUUUUUCUUUUCUUUGAAAAUGACUAAAGCUAACUUGUAUGUAGCAGAUAUCCUGACUGAUGCAUUUCCAAAUAAUGCAUUGAACAUGUCAACAAUGUUAUGCUUCUGUUUUUCUUAAGUGCAUACAUUUAUGGUAAGCUUUUAUGAUAUUGGCUUUAUUUGUUUAGGUCAUAUUAUAUAUAUAUAUAUAUAUAUAUAUAUAUAU